CAGCAAAAGCAUAUGCAUCCGUUUUUUCGCCAUUCUAGUUCAACAGUAGCAAGGGGUGUUUGCCCAUUUCACAAAUGUAAUUAACUCGUGACAGUCGCGUGCCGUGCAUCGCGCAGUGUGGGUGAUAUUGGAGGCGAGGAUUUUCUCGAUAUUGGGGGUGGAUUUUAUAACAAUACUCGGUGUGUUUGUGUUUGAAUAGCGCUCGUCAAUUAAAGGGGGUGUUGAACGAAUUUGAAAUUGGCUCAUUUUGUGGGCUGUUCGGAAAGUUAAGUGAACGCUUGAAGGAAUGUGAAAAUUUAAUCAACACGGAAAAGUUCAAGAGGUCAACCGUCCGCGGAAAAAAUCUAUUUUCGUUCCACUUACUUGACUUCGAAGGAAACGGUCAAGUUUAGAAAAACGAUGCGUAUGGCAUAGCAGAAAAAAAUCAGUUUGCGUUAAUUCAAUUAGCAGCAUAUAAGACAUCACCCUUGAACGUUGGUGUCUAAAUUAGAAAAACUGUUCACAUCGAUGAGUCAAUGUGUUAAGUUAGUGUUGCCCCAAUAUGAAACUUCCGGAAUGGAUGAAACGUGGCCCCAAAUCAAAUGUGGGCGUAAAAAGUCUGAAGAAAUCAAACAGUGUUAACAGUUAUCGUGGUUCGCACCGUCACCACAGGCAGUCUAGUACAUCUUCCUCGAAAGGAAAGCGAAAACGGAAUUCGUAUGUGUCUUCUUCGAUAACAACGAAGAAUUUCUAUCCCGUUGAACAUUUCUUCAAGUCUGGUCCAGAUAACAACGGCUUUUACAAUCAACAUGCGAACACGCUUCCAGCCAACAUGAAUGGGUACAAUUACCGCAAUCAACUUUAUCCACCGAAAACGCCUGAUGGGCGUCUAUACGGCAACACAUUAGCCACCUCUACGUAUGAAAAUCUCAAAUACGCUGACUUGUCUAGACCAGUUAUGAACGGCAUGCAGUACAUGCAACAUCAACAGCAGCAGCAUCGCGAUUUUCUUCUCAACAAUCAAAAUGCGAACCUCGAACAAAGAAGAUACAACGAUUAUCAACAACACCAUGUGGUGACGGGCGCCAAUCCGAUAUCAACUAUGACGAUAGAUCGAAGAUUUACGCCCACUUUCCGGGCGGCCAAUGACAAUCAUCUCAGUACUCUACCGAGAGCGAAUCAGGCCCAAUUUGGUGACCACUGGGACACUUGGAAGUACAAUCAGCAACGAAAAUGGUCUCUAUCGGACAAGCGAUCUAUGAUCGGUUCACCACCGCAUGAAAGCCUCAAUCACAUGGAGCCGGGGCAGUUCUCUGCUGGAGCUCAGUUGAGUCAUAAGCAGAGACAAAUUAUCCCAACUGCGGCUACCGGAAUAUGUGUCAGCAGAAAUGACAGCUUCAGGCGGUACAAGAUACCUUCGCCAGCAGCAAUUUUAGAUAUGAUCAAUGAUAAAUACAUAAGCAGCAAAAGGAAAUCAAAGAGCGAGCGGACGUCAUGGGACUACAGCACUGUGACACUGUCACGAGUACCCGGAUAUGGGUUCGGAAUAGCAGUGUCCGGCGGACGGGAUAACCCACACUUUGCCAACGGUGACCCAUCGAUAGCGGUGAGCGAUGUGCUGAAGCAUGGUCCAGCGGAGGGGCAACUACAGGUUAACGAUCGGAUAAUUUCGGUCAAUGGAAUCUCGCUGGAGAACGUCGAGUACGCGACGGCCGUACAAGUGCUGCGUGAUAGUGGCAACACGGUAACGCUAGUGGUGAAACGACGGGUACCGAAUCAUAGCUUAAUGCAACCCACGGGCGGUAACGUCGUGCCCAGUGGGGUGGGUGGCAACUCUCAUCAGCACCAGCAUAGUCUCAGCUCCACCGGGCUAGGGUUGGGUGCAUUAGGAAAUAAUGGAUCUCAACAGCAAAUCAAAGUGAUUGUUACGAAAGCGAGCAAGAAAGAUGAUUUCGGCAUCGUUUUAGGAUGUAGAUUAUUUAUUAAGGAAAUUUCGUCCAAGACGAAAGAUCAGCUAGCUGCCAACGGUUAUUCAUUGCAAGAGGGCGACCUUGUAACAAGGAUACACAAUACCAACUGUAACGACUCGAUGAGUUUAAAGGAAGCGAAAAAGAUCAUCGACGGUUGCAAAGAACGAUUAACGCUAGCCGUGCUGCGGGACUCCACCAGUGCCACGUUGAACGCAGGUCUCGGUGGUGGAACCAGCUCCGGCAUGCAAUCGCCUGUCUAUUCCCAUACAGCUCAAGUGUCAAACUGUAGCAAUAUGGAUGAAAACUAUCUUAACGGAACCGGAGGAUACUCCGGACAGAACCUGUAUGUUCAACCGCCUACCAGACCUUCUGCCAUGAGUACGUUACUAGUAGAUGAUAAAAGCAAUCUGACGCCACGGGGAAGAUCACGAGGUCCACUAACAGAUAUUUCUUUACAACAAUUAGACAGACCCAGUACGCCUCCAGGGGCGACAAGUAGCAGAGUAGGUGAAGGAGCAGCGAGUGGGAGUGGACAUAGUCGAUCGCGUAGCACGGUUGAUGAGCCACCCCGACCACCUCCCCCACGAGGGGAGGACUUUUAUAGCACGAGACGGCCAUUGCAUGAUGAGAAGCCCACUUCGGAGCCCCGAUACAUCACAUUCCAGAAAGAAGGUUCCGUCGGUAUCCGUUUGUCCGGAGGCAACGAAGUGGGUAUUUUCGUCACAGCAGUCCAGCAGAAUAGUCCAGCGGCUGCUCAGGGACUUGUGCCGGGUGAUAAAAUUCUGAAAGUAAACGAUAUGGACAUGAACGGAGUUACCAGAGAGGAGGCAGUACUCUAUCUGCUCAGCCUGCAAGAUCGUAUCGAUCUGAUUGUACAGUACUGUAAGGAUGAAUAUGACAACAUCACCGCACAGCAACGAGGAGAUUCAUUUCAUAUAAAGACUCAUUUCCACUGCGAGAAUCCAUCGAAGGGAGAGCUAUCGUUCAAGGCAGGUGACGUUUUCCGGGUGAUAGAUACUUUGUACAACGGAGUAGUUGGUGCGUGGCAGGUUCUACGCAUCGGACAUGGUCAUCAAGAGUUGCAGCGUGGUGUGAUACCUAAUAAAGCGCGAGCGGAAGAGCUCGCAACGGCGCAGUUCAAUGCCACGAAGAAAGAGAUGAACGCUUCCGAAUCGAGGGUCAGUUUCUUCCGGAGGCGAAGAUCCACGCAUCGUCGUUCAAAGUCGUUAUCGAGGGAAAACUGGGACGAUGUCGUAUUCUCGGAUUCCAUAUCAAAGUUCCCUGCCUACGAACGAGUUGUUUUACGACAUCCUGGAUUCGUUCGCCCUGUUGUUUUGUUCGGACCGGUCGCCGACAUUGCCCGGGAAAGACUCGUCAAGGACUUCUCCGAUAAAUACACGGCUCCAUUGCAAGAUGAUGACAAGGGAUCGUCGAAAUGUGGCGGUAUUGUGCGACUAUCGAACAUCCGGGACAUCAUGGAUCGUGGCAAGCAUGCCCUCUUGGACAUCACACCCAACGCCGUGGAUCGGCUAAACUAUGCACAAUUCUAUCCGAUAGUCAUCUUCCUGAAAGCGGACACCAAACAUAGCAUCAAGCAGCUGCGACAUGGUUUGCCGAAAUCGCAGCAUAAAAGUAGUAAAAAAUUGUUUGAACAGUGCCAAAAACUCGAACGCCUGUGGUCUCAUGUGUUCAGCACUACGAUCAACCUGAACGAUCCGGAUACGUGGUACAGGAAACUGCGGGAUUCGAUCGAUCAGCAACAGAGCGGUGCUGUGUGGAUGUCCGAGACGAAGCCAGUAGAAUCCCUGUCCGAUGAUUUCCUAUUCCCCAUGACCACCUCUCGACUGUCCUACGCCUCAAGUCCGGAAUCGGACCUGGAACUGAGCCCGGGACCAUCGGCCUCAUUAUCAUUAGGCAACUUACCGCAAUUGGUGAAGUCAAGCUCUGACCCUUCGAUCGCCACUAAUCAGGAUAACUUGGAUAGGGAUAGAGAACUCGGUGACGGAAUGCCACCACCAUACACGAAUCCAUACGAUCACUCGGCUCACCCACGGCGGAUGACCGUAGACAACAAGUAUGGGUUUUCGGCAAAGGGCAAUAUAGGAGCACCGUUACCACCUGAAGAUGCCAUAUAUGGCUCAUCAAGGCCACCGCCUCCCAUACAACACAAUAGCUCCGUGGCGAGCCAUUUCGGUCCAGUUCCAGAUUUACCGCCCCGGAUAGACCGUGCAUCGAAGCCUCCAAAUACAACCACACCCAGCACCCCAGGUUCGUCGCUUCCGUCCAGAAACUCCAGUACCGGUGGUACACUUGGUCGAUCGGCCCAGGAACGGUUAUUCGGUAACAAAGCGUCCACAGACAACCUGGACCAAACGGCAGAUGAUUAUGCCACCCGAAGUCAGAUGCUCGGUCCUACCCCAGAGAAACGAGGCACCAUUACAAAUGGAUUGAGUUCUCUGGAACGAGCACAGAACUCAUCACUGGAUCGAACACGUUCCAGUCAGCCGCCACCACCAGGUAAUCCGACCACGCCGAACAAAGCGAACGGAUCAUACGAUAGUGUAUCGAGUUAUGAUUCGUACAACACAUCACAGCUGACGGCGCAGAAUAUGAGGUUAGGACCCAAUGCACCCGAUGAUCUUAAAUCGGUGCCGAAUGCUCGAAACGGCACCGGUUUGACACCAAACCAGUCAAACGUAUCGGACUAUAACCGCAGUGCAGGCAGUAAUGAUCUGCUUAUGACGCCUCCCAGAGGUGGACACAUUCAUCCAGAUAGGAACAAUUUUAAUGGUGCGCAUGAUCCACUAACGCCAAGGAACUCAGGAGAACGCCCAGGUGGCAUGAAUAUUCCUCAGCGUCCAUCGAAUUUGGCUCUUGAGAGUCCAAGAAAACAUAUCAUUGAAACCAAAACAGAUUAUGGAAAAUACAGCCGAAACAAUUCUGCCACACAAGCGGAUUACUCCAAGCCAAGCAAGGUUCCGCCUCCAAUGCUGGGAACUCCUCCGGCAAACGGAAACAACGGAAUGCCAUUUAAGCCAGUGCCACCGCCAAAACCUAAGAACUACCGUCCACCAAUCGGUGGCAGUAAUGGAGGUCCCGGUAACGGACCGAUGAGCUCCGGUCAAUGGGAUAAUGGGGAACCAAUAUCCCCACGAUCGCCGAAUGGAUUUUACUACCCAUCGAUGUCAUCACACUACCAACAGGGUGUGGCUCAUAACGUACCAAGUUCACCCAACAAUAGUCACAUGAUGCCUGGAGGUGGAAACCAUCCAUCGCAAAUGCAUCCCUAUGGCCAAUAUGGCGGAAAUGUCUACAAUGGAUACAACGGUACCAGCAAUGGUGCACAGUCACACUACAUGGGUAAUUCCGGCCGCGACAUGGGAAUGGGUCAUAACAAUGGUUAUAACAGUAACGCACAUCAUCCUUACGGAAAUAACUACAUGCAUAGAGGUAGCGGGGGCCCAAAUCAUGGAAUAGUUAAACCAUCCACAUCAGGUAACAUGGCAGCACUACACCCAUCGGAACGUCAUCCGCUCGAUUUGGCUGGCAGUCGGGAACAGAGAGGAUCGGCAUUCGAGUUAUACCGAAAACCUCAGCUUGGUACCGCCGGGCACCAUCAUAACAUACGCGAAAUGGAGCCGAUGAUGUCAAUACACGAGUUCAACCAACAUCAACAGAACCUUAUCUAUCAAGAACGUCUUCGCCAGCAGCAGCAGCAACCUCUCCCUCCAAUACCAGGAACAUCCGGUUAUGAUCCGUACGUACACAGAAAUAUGCCUCACCCCUCACUCCCACCGGAGCUUCCGGCCAAACCGCCGAGAAAGAAUAUUCUCAAAUCUCCCCUGAAAGCGAUCAAAAAUGCAUUUAUCAAAUCAACUAGACCAUUACGACGGCAAGUGAGUCUUGCCGAGGCUGACAAGAAGCUUCGACCUAUAUUGAAGCGGCAGCAUUCCAUGAUGGAUUCACGUUCCGCACGGAUCAUCGACACACGGUUCCAAGAGCCACCGUAUGAUCCACGACAGCAGUACUACGCACAGCAGUAUUACAAUGAUCCGAGGCAACAUAUGUCGCCACCACCACCGCCACAUCAUAUGCAGGAAUACCAACGGCAUGAGCCCUACUAUCCCAAAGAUCCGAAUAGCACCUACCAAAAUCUCGAAACUGAUUCCAUUUACGACAACUACGGUGGAGCAGGUGGAUACUACGACCGAGAACAGGAAAAUCUGUACGCAAACAGAGCUUUGAUUGAAUUGGAGCGCUCGCGACCGGCUCUAAUGCCAGGUUCAGGAUCAAACACGACUGGUCGAAGAAUAGUCCGUCGUCACAGCAUGGCUGAUCGUAGCGUUCCAUCGCCGAGCUUCAGCAAUCUAAACCGGAGGAGAAUGGGAUCCGAUAGAUACCGUUUGGAGAUGAACACGUCGUUGAACGACGAAUCCAUCUACCAGAGCAAAAGCGGUUCGUACAUGUACAAUGAAGCUCGCGAUCACGUCCGGCGCUCCACUGAUGAUCCCGUCUAUCAGAGCCGGAAGGAAAUGCACAGAGAUCAUCUUUACCAGAGCAAAAAACAAAUGCAAGAUCGUAUACAGCAAAGUAGGUUGGAGAUGGUUCAAACUCAACAGCAUGACCGUAGUAACUCACCGAGUACCUCAAGUCGCGUGAAGGAAGCAACUGAAUCAAGCUCAAGUUCUCCCAAUUCUCCGGCAAGUUCUACAUAUUCCACGCGAAAGGAAAUGAAGGAAAAAGGUAUCAAACCUCGCACGCAACUCAGAGAUCAAAUCUACCAAUCCAGACGGGAGGCCAUGGAAUCUAUGGCAGAGCCAGAGUAUUCUUCGAGAAGGGAACUCAAGCACGAACCAAUUUACGAAUCUAAAAACGAAGUUGAUGGUGCUUCCUCACUGGACUUGAGUAGUUUGCAAAUAAGUGAGAACAAAUUGGAGGAAAACAUUACUGAAGACGAUUCCGUCAAUAGAACGGUUGUCAACGAGUCAGACCAUGUUGAAGCUACCGAGAUGAACUCCGAUAAUGACGAAACGACCAAGGCGCCUUUGGCAAUAUCGGAGGACGACGAUGAUGAUGACACUCUCACUAGAACAAACGAGUCCGACCUUCAGAAAGCGGCCGCUGUCGCCAGUCAGAUAAAAAUCACCUCACCUAUCAAUGCACGUUCAACACACAUUUCAAACUUUUUGAAACGUACGGCUCCUCUGUCGGCACCGCCAGCUUUUCAACCUCCUCCACCACCUGUAUCCACAACUGACAGCCCCACAACCAGCUCAAAUAUACCACCGGAAGUCUACAACAGCCGCACCUCGAUGGAAACUCAGUAUACCUCGCAAAUGAGUCUUCCGAUAGGGCCCCCGAACGCUCACAGCACACCAUUUGCAAGUGAAAUGUCUCUGGGCCUUCCGCCUCCGAGGCAACCCAUUACUCGACGAGGACUCUUUGACUCUUCCGGCGGUAUCCUGGCGGAUCCGAUUUGGAACGUAUCGCUUCAGAUUCCACCGGGAGCAAUCGCUCCCGGCCUCAAGCAGGAAAUCUACUUCACCGUAACUGAUCCACGACUGAGCGAAAGCGUUGGUGGACCGCCGUUGGACAUGGAAAACGGUGAAACAAUGCUUUCGCCGCUCGUUAUGUGCGGUCCCCAGGGAACGGAAUUCCUGCAACCGGUGACACUCAACAUUCCGCACUGUGCCGGCCGGACACCAUCGCUUGGAAUAUCAUUGAAGGCAACGGAUAGCGAGAAGCAUCUACAAACCGACUGGGACAACAUCGAACUGCCGAGCAAUGCCGCGGCCCAUACCGUAUCCGUCAAAGUGGACCAUUUCUAAGUACAUAUAUAGCUUUUAAGCCCUCCAACCAGAACGCACGUAAGUGAAUGCUUUUUUCAUAUAUAAGAUUAUUAGGAUUGUACAGCAGGUUAUUUUUGCAACUGUAUAGCGAAGCAAAUGUUUUAUGUGCCUUUAUUUUACUCAAACAAGCUUUUGUGCAACCGAGUGGCGAACGAACUUACACUGCUGCUAUAUUUAGGUGUUGCACAAACUCUACCAUUUGCCAUCAAACCAGUAUGACAUAUAUUGUAGCGAUUUAACGUAAAACUUUCAACAACAAAUUAUUCCCAUUGCCAUUGCGUAUCAAAUUUGUAUAUAUUUUCUAUAUUUUAUGGCUCGAUCAACAGGCUUGCUAUUUCCACUUUUAAACGAAUCUUGAAACCCCUUUAGUUCAUAUUCUUCGUUGAAACCUGUAGAUCUUAUACGUCUACAUAGUUCGGGCGACAUCAUAAGCUGUAAAAAUGUAAGACAGACUCAAAUUUUUCUUUUAUAGCAUGCCUAGGGUGUAGGAGAAAUUUCAGUAGAAAUGCAAUAUAUUCUUGUAAAUUUCAUUUUCAAAAUGCUCCGAAAAGUGUUGAAUAAAAUUAUUUUCUGAAAAACA